AUGUUCCUUUCAAGGUGCACCCCUGCGAUGCAACACAAUGGACCCAGCCUGCACACAAGGCGCGUGUGCGGAAUGCCAAAUAUGCGCGCCAUCUUGAUCAUCACCUUUUACCUUGAUACAGCCAUUGUCUGCCGUAUCUUGCCUUGUUGGUGGCACUCGCCCUCAAUCCGCUGCCGCCUUAUCUGCCAUGUCACUAAAGGUCGGGCUGGGUAUAUCGGCAUGCAUUGUGCUAGUUCCCAAAGAAGGAGGUGGUUUCUGCACUUGUGUGCUUUUAAGCUUAAUGCUAAGCGGGUCUUGGAUGGCAUUCGAAUUUCUACCCUCAUGCCAACAUAG